GGCGGAGGAGCUUCAAGAACGCAGAGGUACCGGUCGUUAUAGCAAAUAUCACGAAGGACAGUCCUAGAAUCCAGACAACAUGGACUACGAUUCUGAUGACAAUGAGGUCAUUGAAUCUGCCACCGUUGACCUUGGGGAAAAAGGUGGCCUCUCUUCAUGUGGAUAUUGUGGCAAGCUCCGAAACCUUGUGAUUGUAGAGCUGAUGUGUUGGCAGUGUGGUUCCUGGUUCCAUGAAUCUUGUAUCACAUACCAGCUUGGCAAGUUGGUACCAUUUAUGCUGAACUACACCUUUACAUGCAAGAACUGUUCAACAAAUGGUGUUGAAUCCUUCAAGAAGACACAAGCCCAGCUGCGAGACAUGUGUGUAACAGCCCUGGCAAACCUACAGCAGCAAGCUAUGGCAAAGGAAAAGGAAAGUCGAUCAGGACCUUACCUUUUUAGUCUACAGAGAGACAUUAUUCCCUUCCUGGAACAACACUGGGAGGCCCUGACCACUGCAGCACGACGUACCACCCAGUCUUGGCAUGCUACUUUGCAGAGAAUUCUGAUGAAAGAGGUAGAUUCCUCUUUUGCUGUGGAAGAAACAAGAAAAAGUGGGGAGCCAGGCCCACACCACCCCUUCUUUGGUUUGCUCACCUCAGACCUGACGCUGAUCCGGCCCAUAGCAGACACCCCUGGUGGGUGGAGGUCCCCUCUCUCCGGCUCCUCUCAACAGCAGACAAGUGGCAAGGGGCGAGGAGCCAAGCGAAAAAUGCCUGACACAACUGCUGGCAACAAGAAGGCACGUGGGGACAUGCCUGCGCCCAAGUUGCAUGGAUACCCUGUUGACCAUCCCUUCAACAGAGAUGGUUAUAGAUACAUUCUUGCAGAGCCAGAUCCUCAUGCACCCUUUAGACAAGAGUUUGAUGAGAGUAGUGACUGGGCAGGCAAACCUAUUCCUGGUUGGCUUUACCGUGCCCUUAGUCCAGGGGCUGUCCUUCUGGCUCUCCAUGACCGUGCACCUCAGCUCCGCACUGCUGAUGACCGGCUGGCAGUAACAGGAGACAAGGGAUACUGCCUCAUCAGAGCAACUCAUGGAGUGAGCCGAGGAACCUGGUACUGGGAGUGCACGAUAGAAGACCAACCCGAAGGCUCCCACACGCGACUUGGAUGGUGUCAGCAGCUUGCCAACCUCCAGGCGCCACUUGGCUACGAUAAGUUUGGUUACUCCUGGAGAUCAAGAAAAGGAACAGUUUUCCAUGAGUCAAGAGGGAAGCACUACGCAGACACUGGCUUCACAGAGGGGGACGUAUUGGGAAUCAUGAUAAAGUUACCAGAGAAAAAUCCUGUUUCCCGCUUUCCUCCUACUUAUAAAGAUAAGCCUUUGGUCAAGUUUCGCUCUCACCUGUACUACGAGGAUAAAGAUGACCUUCCUGAGGCUAUCAAAAACCUCAAAGCUCUCAAAGGAUCCAAAAUUCUGUUCUACAAAAAUGGCAAAUGUAUAGGUGAGGCUUUCCAAGACAUCUAUGGUGGUACAUAUUAUCCAGCUGUGUCCCUCUAUCGAAAUAUUACAGUCUCUGUCAACUUUGGACCAGAUUUCAAGCAUCCACCCAAGGAACCGGAAUUCAGAGGGAUGCAUGAGCGUUGUGAGGAGGCCAUGGUAGAGCAGACGCUGGCAGACAUGACAUACUUUGUAGAAAAUGAAGGAAAAUUACGACUUGAUGUUUUUACAUAAGAAAAUUAUAUGUUUACUGAUUACUUUUUAUACUUCAGGAUGGUAUUAUUAAAAUAUCAUCCAGGAUACAAUAUAAUUUAUGUAAUGUAAUGUAUUAAAGAAAAUGAAAAGUGA